ACCCGUGUUGGACGCGGUCGUCACUUAUCAAAAAUUUUAAAAAAUCAUCUAAAACUUACUUAAAGCGCUGUAACUAUUGUGAUAUUAGUUAGAUUUGCGGGAAAUAUAUCAGAUCAUCGUUAGAUUUGUUGAAAAUAGCAAGUUUUAGAACCUAGACCGCGGCGCACUUGAAAGGAGAUAAUAACAGUAAAUAAAUUACACCAGUUUUUCGCACCAUUCCACGCACAACUCCACGGUGAGGGUGGAUAAAAAAUGGAAGGAGGCAGUGGAAGUAGCAACUCGGAUCCCCGGUUCGAGUUCCUUGGUUCGUUUGUACAGAAAACGCUUAAAUUGAAGCCGGAAAAAUGGCACCGUUUAGUCACACUAGAAGAGCACAAAGCAGUAUUGAAGGAGUUUUUCGAUAAUCCAGCAUCGUUAGUUUUGAUUAUUAUACUUACCCCAUCGGCACAGUUGAUUCCGUUAGUAAGUUUUCCUAUUCAACAGUUGAAGAAUAAAGGAGUUUAUUUUGUUAAGAAAAAUGCAAUAGAAGUACCCCGCGAGGGUUGCAAGGAUUGUCUAGUGGUAGGUGAUUUAGCGACUCGCACCAUCGAUCAGCUGUCAUGUCUCGUAGACGAGAUCUUCGUACCACUGCUGUCGAACUCAGACAACCACCAUGGGUGGCCAGAAAUGGUCGCACAAGACGUACAAAAGCAGGUUCACAGCCUGAAAAGCACCGUCUAUCAAGUUCAGGGUCAAGUUAGUGGACAGACCGUUCUACCAAUGCCCGUCGGAGUUGAUAAAUGUGUGCAGACCGCAAAAGAACUAGUGGUCAACGCAGAAUGUUCGAUCAAUCUCUAUCUGAAGAGUGCGAUCGAAGGUGUAGUUAUCAAGUGGGCCACCCAGGUGAACGACGUAAUGCUCGAGACCAGUGCGAAUGCAUUCACCGGUGGACAGAACCCGGUACCUUCUGCUGAAAUUAACUUCUGGAACAACCGGCUCAAGAAUCUCACCUAUAUCUACGAACAGCUUCGCCACGAGCGAAUCCGUAGCAUGGCAUUGAUAUUGGAAUUCACCGAUAGUGCCUAUUAUCCUUGUUUUAAGACUCUGUUUAAAAAUGUAGUUACAGCCCUGGCUGAAGCACGUGAUAUUACACUGUACCUGAACCCACUGACACGGCACUUCCAACAGCUGGAGGAUACCGAGUUUUCCGAAAGCAGGGUGCUGCUUAAACCGUUGAUGCACGUUGUGUGUCUCAUUUGGUCCAAUUCACUUUACUACUGUCACUCAGCUAAGUUGAUCGUUUUACUGAGACAAAUUUGUAACUUGAUAAUACAACAGGCCAAGCGAUUCCUCGAUCCGUCGUCGAUCUUCCAUAGCGACAUCGAUGAGGCCAUGCAGCGCAUCUCGCUGUCGAUUCAAAUUCUCAAGUACUUCCGAACCGUGUACGAUGAGUACAAAGACAACAUCGCUCCGUUCUUUAAAGACCGCCCUGUGGUCAACUGGACUUUCCAUCCGAACGCCGUUUUUGAGCGAUUCAACGCGUUCCUCGAACGACUGUUCACCAUCCAGUGGUUCUUUAAUACGGUGAUCGAAUUUCUCAAACUUGAGAAAGUUGAAAUCGGUGGCCUAAAGGGGCGGGCACUGAGCGCACGUAUCACGGGUGUUUCCGUCGAGUUUAACCAGUGCUUCUCGGUGUUCGCCUCGAAAACCUACGACGUGUUGGAUCCGGACGAUCCGACCUUCAAGGAGGACUUUGUAAAGUUUCAAGACCGCAUCUUGGAGCUGGAUCUGAAACUGGCGGCCAUUCUCUGCCAGGCCUUCGAUGAUUGUCACAAUCUGGAGAGCGUUUUCAAGCUGAUCAGCAUAGUCGGAACCGUGCUGGAUCGCCCGAAGAUCCGAGAAGAAUUCACCGGCAAGUACCGCCAGAUACUGUACAUGAUCGACGAAGAGCUCAGCACUUGCGAGGAUAUUUACGACAUGCAAAUGGAGUACCACCGCAAGGACGGCCACAUUUUCGUUGAUCGAAGUGCUCCCCCGGUAACGGCGUGUCUCCGCUGGGUCCUACAGCUUACCAACCGGAUCACGAAGCCGAUCAAGCAGUUCCAGACUUUGCAGCACCCGGUCGUCCAAUCGGACGAAGGGUUAAUGCUGGUCGUUCGCUAUGACGAAUUGAUUGAGAAACUGAAUGCGUUCGAACGAUCCAUCUUCGAUGCGUGGGCAGAAUCGAUCGAUGAAACAAUCGAGGAAAACCUCGACAAACCAUUGAUUGUAAGAAAGCGCAACUGCGCUGAAUUGGCAUUAAACUUCAGUCCACAUCUGUCCUCAAUCCUGAGGGAAGUUCACUAUCUACGAUUGAUGGAAAAGGAGGACAUUCCGGAUCGUGGACUGGAGUUUUCGGAAAAGAGUGAUGUGUUCCGUUCGUACACGUUGAAUCUGGAGAAAACUGUCGAUUGGUACAACAAAAUCAGACGCAACUGCACAGAGGUGGAGUUGGAGCUGAUUAAGGGAGAGAUAAAAAUGAUCGAUGAACUGCUGGAGAGGGCGAUAAAUGAACUGACUUGGAAUUCUGAAGGUAUUACCGAGUAUAUGAUCAAAAUUCGUAAUCCGGUCGAACAGCUGCAAGGUCGUAUGCAAAACAUACAGAACAAUCUGAAGGAGAUACGUACGAUCAUGUCUUCCUGGGCAAAGGCGCCUCUGUUCGAACGAAAGGACUCCAAGAAGGAUACCGUUCUUUGCCUGGAGGAGCGUAAUGAUCGUAAGUCGAAGCGGUAUGGUGAGCUGGAAGCUGCCGCUAUCAAAGUCCAUCAGUUGCUUGAUGCAAAUAUGCAGCUGUUCGGGAUGGAUGAAAGCCAAGACGAUUGGAAUUGGGUUAAAUACGUUAUAUUUGUUGAUAAUAUUGCGUAUGAAAAUUUGUUGUUCAUGAUUGGGAUCAGCAUGGGAUACCUUGUAGAGAACAUGGACCCGAACAAUAACCUAGCGCCACUGUUUGAGUCCAGGUUGGAAUUACUGGAACCAGAAUUGGUAUUUGUACCAUCACUCAAUCCCAACGAUCCGAAUGGUUUUAACAUACUGCUGGCAGCCUUGGUGACGGAUAUUACCUACAUGUCAUCGCUGAUUCCCAGAUUGCUGAAAAAUUCCGAUGAAAGUUAUGAUCAGAAGGUAAUGAAGAACACUGACAUCCAAGAUAUGAAAGUGGAGAUUUUGCAAGGCGUGGACCGGGUGAUUCAAGAAGCGGCUCAAUUCUGUAGAGAUUUCGAACGAUAUAGUUACCUCUGGCUGGAAGACCGUGAGUAUAGCAUGGAGAUAUUUCUGGAGUACGGUCGACAGCUAGAGAUGGAUGAACUGGAGAUGAUAUCUAACAAAGAUCCCGAUGCACCUCAACCUUGCCCACCAACAAUAGAAGCUUUUCGUGAACAGAUUGAUCACUAUGAGUCAUUAUACCUGGAAAUAGAGAAGAUAGAACCGCACCAAAUUUUCAACGCGUGGUUUCAAGUCGAUGUAAGACCAUUCCGGCAGUCAUUGUUGAACAUUGUCAGAAAGUGGGGCAACAUGUUUAAAGAUCACCUAGUUACCAACGUCACCUAUAGUCUUACGGAUUUGGGGAAAUUUAUACGGAAGGCCGACGAAGGUCUGCUGCAGAUUGUGAAGGAAGGCGACUACGAUGGAUUAGUAAAUAUUAUGGCUUACCUAUUGCACGUCAAGGAACGCACCGCCACCACCGACGAAAUGUUCGAACCAAUGAAGGAGACCAUUGAACUACUGAAAUACUACGACAUGGAUAUCCCAGAAGAGGUCAAUGUGUAUCUGCAAGAACUACCGGAACAGUGGGCCAAUACUAAAAAGAUUGCACUCACUGUUAAGCAGCAAGUUGCGCCACUGCAGGCGAACGAAGUUGUUGGCAUCCGUAACAAGAUAGCCGCAUUCGAUCUGCACAUUACCCUAUUCAGGGAUAUUUUUCGGACAUACGAAUUCUUCAAGUAUGAUUGUAACUAUCCGUACAGCUUGUUGAAUCGUAUAAACGGAGACAUGGAACGCCUGGAAAGGGAUAUGUCCGAUAUCCACGAGUCGGGCAGUCUGUUUGAAGUACCCGUGCCGGAGUUCAAGCUGCUGAAGCAAUGUCGCAAGGAAAUGAAAAUGCUAAAGCAACUCUGGGAUUACGUUUACAUUGUACGUACCAGUAUCGAAGACUGGAAGACAACCCCCUGGCGCAAGGUCGACGUUGAAAACAUGGAUAUCGAGUGUAAGAAAUUCGCCAAAGAUAUCCGUUUACUAGACAAGGAAAUGCGUUCAUGGGAUACCUACAUGACGUUGGAAGCCACCGUGAAGAACAUGCUAACCUCGCUCCGAGCUGUCGGUGAACUACAGAAUCCGGCCAUCCGAGAACGUCACUGGAAUCAACUGAUGUCCUCGACAAAGAGUUUAGCUAAUCUGCCGCCAGAGAUUACAGUCCAAUUCAUAAUGGACAAAAAUACAACGCUGUCGGACCUCCUGGCCCUGAACCUACACGAAUGCGAGGAAGAGGUCAAGAACAUCGUCGACAAAGCCGUCAAAGAAAUGUCCAUGGAAAAGAUUCUCCGUGAUCUGAACACUACAUGGUCGGUCAUGGAAUUCGAGCACGAAAUUCAUUCAAGAACCGGCUGCUCGCUUCUCAAAGCCUCCGAAGAGCUCAUCGAAACACUGGAAGAAAACCAAGUUGUUCUACAGAACUUAAUGACCUCCAAGUUUGUCGCACACUUCCUGGAAGAAGUGUCCGGCUGGCAGAAAAAGCUGACCACCGCCGAUCAGGUCAUCACGGUUUGGUUCGAAGUCCAGCGAACCUGGACCCAUCUGGAAUCGAUCUUUAUGAGCUCCGAAGACAUCCGGAAACAACUUCCGAUUGAUUCGGCUCGUUUCGAUCAAAUCGAUACAGAUUUCAAAGUCAUGAUGGAAGAAAUGUCCAAAACAUCCAACGUAAUUCACGCCACCAAUCGAGAUGGCCUCUGCGAGAAACUCGACGAACUGCAAAGCGAACUGACGCUGUGCGAGAAAGCUCUUGCUGAGUAUCUAGAAACGAAGCGGUUGUAUUUCCCUAGAUUCUACUUCAUAUCGUCCGCUGAUUUGCUGGACAUUUUAAGCAACGGCAACAGGCCAGAAGUGGUCUGCAAGCAUCUUACCAAACUGUUCGACUCCAUAGCAAAACUCAAGUUCCGAUCGGAAGCCGACGGUGCUACCAAGUUCUCACUUGGCAUGAUAGCGAAGGACACCGAGUAUGUCAAAUUCUACGAAAUAUGCGGCUGUACGGGACCGGUUGAAGUCUGGUUGAAUCAAGUGCAAGGAUCGAUGAGAACUUCCCUUCGCAACUACAUCGCCGAAGCAGUCGUGUCAUACGAGGAAAAGCAGCGUGAGCACUGGUUAUUCGAUUAUCCGGCUCAGGUUUCACUUUGUGGAACGCAGAUUUGGUGGAGCACUGAGGUUAAUAUUGCCUUCAGUCGGCUGGAGGAGGGCUACGAUAAUGCCAUCAAGGAUUACUACAAGAAGCAAAUUUCCCAACUCAGCACGCUGAUUACCCUUUUGCUCGGCGAGCUGACGAGAGGUGAUCGUCAAAAGAUUAUGACCAUCUGUACGAUCGAUGUACACUCACGGGAUGUCGUUAGCAAAUUGAUCCAAUCCAAGGUAGAAAGUGCAUCGGCCUUCCAGUGGCAAUCUCAGCUGCGUCACCGUUGGGACGAUACAGAGAAGGACUGCUUCGCAAACAUCUGCGACGCACAGUUUAUUUACAGUCAUGAAUAUCUUGGAAACACACCACGUUUGGUGAUUACUCCGCUAACUGAUCGCUGCUACAUCACAUUAACGCAGUCCUUGCAUCUUGUGAUGGGAGGAGGUCCAGCCGGGCCAGCCGGUACAGGAAAAACCGAGACCACCAAGGAUCUCGGCCGAGCUCUUGGCAUCAUGGUCUACGUAUUCAACUGCUCCGAACAGAUGGACUACAAAUCCUGCGGAAAUAUCUACAAAGGUCUGGCACAGACCGGUGCCUGGGGAUGUUUCGACGAGUUCAAUCGAAUCUCGGUCGAAGUGCUGUCCGUGGUAGCCGUACAAGUCAAAUCCGUGCAGGACGCUAUUCGGGACAAGAAAGACAAGUUCAACUUUAUGGGUGAGAUUAUAGCGUGCAUUCCCACGGUUGGUAUUUUCAUUACGAUGAACCCGGGUUACGCUGGACGUACGGAGUUGCCUGAGAAUUUGAAGGCACUGUUCAGACCGUGCGCAAUGGUUGUUCCCGAUUUCGAGUUGAUCUGUGAAAUUAUGCUGGUUGCUGAAGGCUUUCAAGACGCCCGAGUGCUUGCUAGAAAGUUCAUCACCUUGUACACACUGUGCAAAGAACUGCUAUCAAAGCAAGAUCACUACGAUUGGGGAUUGCGAGCUAUUAAAUCGGUACUUGUCGUUGCCGGAUCGCUCAAGCGCGGAGAUCCUGGCCGUCCCGAGGAAGAAGUGUUGAUGAGAGCGUUGCGUGAUUUCAACAUCCCCAAAAUCGUCACUGACGAUAUGCCCGUGUUCAUGGGGCUGAUUGGAGAUCUGUUCCCGGCUCUGGAUGUACCAAGAAAGCGAGACAUGGAAUUUGAGAAAACGGUGAAGCAAGCGACCCUGGAUCUCGCUUUGCAACCAGAGGAUAAUUUUAUCCUGAAGGUUGUACAGUUGGAGGAACUACUAGAAGUGCGACAUUCGGUUUUCAUUGUGGGUAAUGCGGGUACCGGUAAGACUCAAGUUUGGAAAACCUUGCACAAAACGUACCAAAAUAUCAAAAAGAAACCGGUGUUCAACGAUCUCAACCCAAAGGCAGUUACUAAUGACGAACUUUUCGGAAUUAUCAACCCAGCCACCAGAGAAUGGAAAGAUGGACUUUUCUCGGUCAUCAUGCGAGACCAAGCCAGUCUUUCCGGAGAUAACCCAAAAUGGAUCAUUCUGGAUGGUGAUAUCGAUCCGAUGUGGAUCGAAAGUUUAAAUACCGUAAUGGACGACAACAAGGUUCUGACGCUAGCUUCCAACGAACGUAUAGCAUUGACCCCAUACAUGCGACUGAUCUUUGAGAUAUCUAACCUAAGAACGGCUACUCCAGCUACUGUAUCGCGAGCCGGUAUUCUGUACAUAAACCCGCAAGACUUGGGAUGGAAUCCGUACGUUACGAGUUGGAUCGAAACCCGAACGAUCCCAGCUGAAAAAUCCAACCUGGUCAUCCUGUUCGACAAGUACAUCCCGGCCUGUCUGGAUAACAUCCGCACGCGAUUCAAGAAGAUUACCCCGAUCGCCGAGAUGGCCCACAUCCAAAUGCUUUGUCACUUAUUGGAGUGUCUCUUGAUCCCACUCAAUACUCCCGCUGAUUGUCCGAAGGAGUGGCAUGACCUAUAUUUUGUGUUCUCAUGCGUUUGGGCAUUCGGUUCAGCUAUGUUCCAAGACGCGGCUAUUGAUUACCGCGUCGAGUUCAGCAAAUGGUGGGUCAAUGAAUUCAAAACUGUGAAAUUCCCCCCUACCGGAACCGUGUUCGACUACUUUAUCGACACAGAAACCAAACAGUGGACUCCCUGGACGGAGAUUCUUCCCAAGUUUGAGAUGGACUGCGAUCAACCGCUACAGGCGGUGUUAGUGCACACAUCGGAAUCAAUUCGUUUAAGAUUCUUUCUCGAUCUGUUGAUGGAUCGUGCGCAUCCUGUGAUGCUGGUCGGUAUUGCAGGUUGUGGCAAAACGGUCGUCGUCAACGAGAAAUUGGCAAAUUUAUCUGAGAGUUUUGCCAUUGCAAACAUCCCGUUCAAUUUCUAUACCUCUUCUGAGAUGCUUCAAAAAGUUAUGGAGAAACCAUUAGAAAAGAAAGCGGGUCGUAACUACGGUCCUCCCGGAAGCAAAACGCUAAUCUACUUUAUCGACGACAUGAACAUGCCUGAGGUGGAUACCUACGGAACGGUUCAACCUCAUACACUAAUUCGGCAGCACAUGGACUACAGCCAUUGGUACGAUCGGAAUAAGCUUACCCUAAAAGACAUCCACAAUUGUCAGUACGUAUCGUGUAUGAAUCCCACCUCGGGUAGUUUUACGAUCAACCCCCGAUUGCAACGUCAUUUUUGUGUAUUCGCUGUGAGCUUUCCCGGCUCUGAGGCUGUUACCACCAUCUAUCAUUCGAUCCUUCUCCAGCACUUUGCGAACGCGGAACAGAAGUUCAACAUAGCUGUAACUAAAAUAUCACAAAAUAUUGUCGCAGCAAGUUUGGCUCUGCACUCUAAAGUGGCACAAGUGUUUCUUCCGACGGCCAUCAAGUUUCACUACGUUUUCAAUCUGCGUGAUCUGACGAACGUCUUUCAGGGACUCCUUUUCAGCACCAACGAUUGCUUGAUCACGUCCAACGACUUUAUCCGACUGUGGCUACACGAAACCCAACGGGUCUACGGCGAUAAGCUACUGGAUGACAAAGAUAUUGACAGCUUUACCAAGAUGCAGAACGAUUUGGUGAAGAAGUCGUUUGAAGAAAUUGACGAAUCUAUCGUGUUCGACAAACCAAACAUCUACUGUCACUUUGCCGGAGGCAUUGGUGAACCCAAAUACAUGCCUAUCACGGACUGGGGUAUACUAUCCAAGCUACUGCAAGAAGCGAUGAUGUCCUACAAUGAUCUGAUCGCUGCAAUGAAUUUGGUUCUCUUUGAGGACGCCAUGAUGCACGUGUGCAGAAUUAAUCGAAUCCUGGAAUCACCCCGUGGGAGUGCCCUACUGGUGGGAGUAGGAGGCAGUGGAAAGCAGUCCUUAAGUCGCCUAGCGGCGUUCAUCUCCAGUUUGGAGGUGGCUCAAAUCCAGCUCAAGAAAGGAUACAGUGUUGCCGAUCUAAAGAAUGAGCUUUCCGGAUUGUACCUGAAAGCAGGUCUCAAAAACGUCGGUAUCAUGUUCCUCAUGACCGAUGCCCAAGUAUCGAGCGAGAGCUUUCUGGUGAUCAUUAACGAUUUGCUCUCGUCCGGUGAAAUACCGGAUCUUUUCCCGGAUGACGAAGUGGAAAACAUCAUCUCUGGUGUACGCAACGAAGUGAAAGGUGCCGGUCUGGUUGACACACGUGAAAAUUGCUGGAAAUUCUUUAUCGAUCGUGUUCGCCGCCAGCUGAAGGUCGUUCUAUGCUUUUCACCCGUCGGCAUUACGCUACGUGUGCGCUCACGCAAAUUUCCUGCUAUAAUUACAUGUACUCAAAUCAAUUGGUUCCACGAGUGGCCGCAGGAAGCCUUGAUGUCCGUGUCGUUGCGGUUCCUACAAGAGUUGACUAUUCUACCGGGCGAUUGCAAGGACUCGAUUGCACGGUUCAUGGCUUACGUACACACCUCGGUCAACUCGAUGUCAAAAGUCUAUUUACAAAAUGAACGGCGCUACAACUACACAACUCCAAAGUCCUAUCUGGAACAGAUCAGCUUGUAUGAUAAGUUGCUGAAGGAAAAACACGGUGAACUACGCAAGAAGGUUGAACGUCUGGAAAACGGUUUGGAAAAACUUCGCACCACAGCCGAUCAAGUAGCAACACUCAAGCAAAAACUAGCAGUUCAGGAAAUCGAGCUAAAGGAAAAGAACGAUGCCGCUGAUGCUUUGAUUGAAAUGGUCGGCAUUGAAACAGAGAAAGUUCAAACAGAAAAGGCAAUUGCCGACGAGGAGGAACAGAAAGUUGCCGUUAUUGCGAAAGAAGUCGCUAAGAAGCAACGCGAUUGUGAAGAAGAUCUUGUCAAAGCAGAACCAGCACUGGUUGCAGCCCAGGAAGCUUUGAACACCCUCAACAAAGCCAAUCUAACUGAGUUGAAGUCGUUCGGCUCGCCUCCUGGUGUUGUGACCAACGUAACAGCUGCCGUCAUGGUUCUGCUAGCACCGAACGGUAAGAUUCCAAAAGAUCGUAGCUGGAAAUCAGCCAAAAUCAUGAUGGCCAAGGUCGAUAACUUCCUCGAUAUGCUGAUCACCUACGACAAAGAACAUAUCCACCCGGAGAUCAUCAAAGCUAUUCAACCGUACCUGAAAGAUACGGAAUUCGAUCCUGAUUUCGUAAGGUCGAAGUCAGCUGCGGCUGCCGGGCUUUGCGCAUGGGUUAUCAAUGUUAUCAAAUUCUACGAUGUGUUUUGCGAUGUUGAACCGAAGAGGAAAGCACUGGCGGCGGCCAAUGCGGAACUCUGUGCAUCACAGGAAAAAUUGGCCAACAUCAAGAGGAAAGUUUCCUCAUUGGAGGAACAACUUGCUAAACUGACUGCUGAUUUUGAAAAGGCUAUUGCCGACAAGCUUCGUUGUCAGCAGGAGGCAGAUGCUACACAAGCCACUAUUCAGCUCGCCAAUCGGCUGGUUGGUGGUCUUGCCAGUGAAAACGUUCGUUGGGCGGAAGCAGUGGCUGAAUUCAUGCAGCAAGCGACAACUCUACCGGGAGAUAUUUUGUUAAUCACGGCCUUCAUAUCAUACGUCGGCUGUUUCACUAAACAGUUCCGAAUGGACUUGCUUAACAAAAUGUGGCUACCUUUCUUGCGCGCUCUAGAACCAGGCAUUCCAAUAACGGACAGCCUUGAUCCAUUAAGAUUACUAACCGAUGACACUCAGAUUGCAACCUGGCAAAAUGAAGGCUUGCCUAGUGAUCGAAUGUCAAUCGAAAAUGCUACGAUUCUUUCCAACUCCGAUCGAUGGCCGUUGAUGAUCGACCCGCAGCUACAAGGUAUCAAAUGGAUCAAGCAAAAGUACGGAGACAUUUUGAAAGUUAUCCGUCUUGGAUCCAAAGGAUAUCUAGAGGUACUUGAAAAAGCAUUAGCCAAAGGAAGUACCGUGCUAAUUGAGAACAUCGGAGAAAAUGUAGAUCCGGUGCUAAACCCUUUGCUAGGAAGGAACCUGAUCAAAAAAGGAAGAGCCAUCAAGAUAGGAGACAAAGAAGUGGAAUACAAUCACAAGUUCCGAUUGAUUCUACAUACUAAACUGGCAAAUCCGCACUAUCAACCCGAAAUGCAAGCGCAAACUACGCUCAUCAACUUUACCGUCACUAGGGAUGGUCUCGAGGACCAACUUCUGGCCGAAGUCGUCAAAGCCGAACGUCCCGAUCUAGAGGAACUUAAGGCAGAUCUUACCAAGCAGCAGAACGAUUUCAAGAUUAUGCUUAAAACAUUGGAAGACGACCUCCUUUCGCGUCUAUCCUCAGCUGGUGGCAACAUCCUAGGCGACACAGCACUGGUAGAAAACCUCGAAACUACUAAGAAAACCGCUGCGGAAAUCGAGGAGAAGGUCACUGAAGCUAAGGUAACAUCGAAGGAGAUUGAUGAAGCCCGUGAACACUACCGACCGGCAGCAGCUCGUGCCAGCUUGCUGUACUUCAUCCUGAAUGAUCUGAACACCAUCAAUCCAAUUUAUCAAUUCUCACUGAAGGCAUUCAGUGUAGUCUUCCAAAAAGCCAUAUCAAAAGCCGAUCCAGCGGACACAGUACCGGCCAGAGUCAAUAACCUUAUCGAUUGCAUAUCGUUUUCAGUUUUCCAGUACACCACUAGAGGUUUGUUUGAAUGCGACAAACUAAUCUUCAUGUCCCAAAUGGCAUUCCAGAUUUUGCUGAUCCGUGAAGAAAUCACCCCUGCGGAGCUUGACUUUCUGCUACGUUUCCCCAUUAAGCCACACGUUACUUCACCAGUGGAUUUCCUCACCAACACCGCAUGGGGUGGUAUCUGCAGUCUUGCUUCCAAGGAUGAGUUCCGUAACCUGGAUCGCGAUAUAGAAACGUCUUCCAAGCGUUGGAAAAAGCUCAUCGAGUCAGAAUGUCCGGAAAAGGAAAAGUUCCCACAGGAGUGGAAGAACAAAACUGCUCUUCAGAGACUUUGCAUGAUGCGCGCGCUGAGACCGGAUCGAAUGACCUACGCAAUGACAGAUUUCAUCGAGGAAAAACUUGGUGCGAAAUACGUUGAGAACCGCACUAUGGAAUUUGCAAAAUCAUUUGAAGAGGCCAGUCCAUCAACGCCAAUUUUCUUCAUUCUGUCACCGGGUGUCAAUCCGCUGAAGGAUGUUGAAUCCCUGGGCAAACAUUUGGGCUACUCUGCAGAUAAUGACAAUUUCUAUAACGUUUCCCUUGGCCAAGGUCAGGAAGUGGUUGCCGAAGCGGCCAUGGACAAAGCAGCAACCAGUGGGCACUGGGUUGUACUGCAAAACAUUCAUCUGGUGAAAAAAUGGCUUCCCUCGUUGGAGAAAAAACUGGAGUACUACUCGGAAGGAUCCCACGAUAACUAUCGCAUAUUCAUGAGCGCAGAACCGGCGGCUACCGCAUCGGCCCAUAUCAUUCCACAAGGCAUCCUGGAGUCCUCCAUCAAGAUUACUAACGAACCGCCAACGGGAAUGCAGGCCAACCUGCACAAGGCCUUGGACAACUUUACGCAGGAAACACUGGAAAUGUGUGGAAAGGAAGCUGAAUUCAAAGUAAUUCUCUUCUCACUUUGCUACUUCCAUGCCGUCGUUGCUGAACGGCGCAAAUUUGGACCACAAGGAUGGAACAAAAUCUAUCCCUUCAAUGUAGGUGAUCUGAACAUUUCGGUUUCCGUGUUGUACAACUACUUGGAAGCAAACACGAAAGUUCCAUGGGAAGAUCUGCGUUAUCUAUUUGGUGAAAUUAUGUACGGUGGUCACAUUACCGACGAUUGGGACCGCAGAACGUGUAUCACAUAUCUUGAAGAACUUAUGCAACCUGAUCUAGUCGACGGCGAACUGUUUCUAGCUCCAGGAUUCGCCGCUCCCCCGAAUACUGACUAUGUUGGCUAUCACGCUUACAUAGACGAUGCAAUGCCUCCAGAGUCACCGUAUCUGUAUGGAUUACACCCGAAUGCGGAAAUCGGUUUUCUAACAACAACAUCCGAGAACCUGUUUCGAACAGUGUUCGAAAUGCAGCCACGUGACGCCGGUGCCGGGUCCGGAACGACGGUCACCCGAGAAGACAAAGUAAAGCAGAUACUGGACGAAAUCGUGGAAAAGCUCCCGGAGGAAUUCAACAUGGCGGAGAUCAUGGGAAAGGUAGAAGAACGCACACCCUACGUGGUGGUAGCGUUCCAGGAGUGCGAACGGAUGAACUACCUUACCGGAGAAAUGAAGAGGAGUCUGAAGGAAUUGGAUCUCGGUAUGAAGGGUGAGCUGACGAUCACAUCCGAUAUGGAGGACUUGGAGAAUUCACUUUUUUUGGAUCAAGUCCCUACGAUCUGGGGUGCCCGGGCAUAUCCAUCGCUGUUGGGUUUGACAGCGUGGUUCGUCGACCUAUUGCUAAGACUACGUGAGCUGGAAACCUGGUCGGCUGAUUUUGUCCUUCCAACGUCAGUUUGGCUUGCAGGAUUCUUCAACCCGCAGUCACUGCUUACUGCAAUCAUGCAGUCAACGGCGAGAAAGAACGAACUUCCUCUGGAUAAGAUGUGUCUGCACUGUGAUGUCACCAAGAAGCAGAAAGACGAUUUUACAGCUGGCCCCAGGGAAGGAGCAUACGUACAUGGAAUAUUCAUGGAAGGAGCCCGGUGGGAUGUUCAACAAGGCAUCAUAAUGGAAUCUAAACUAAAGGAACUGUACCCACAGAUGCCUGUUAUCAACAUUCGGGCCCUGACGCAAGACAAGCAAGAUUUGCGCAAUAUGUACGAGUGUCCCGUGUACAAAACACGAACCAGAGGACCCACCUACAUUUGGACAUUCAAUUUGAAAACCAAAGACAAGCCGGCGAAAUGGACCCUCGCCGGUGUAGCACUGUUACUUCAAGUUUAAAAAUAUUUUUGUGAAUCGUUUGAUAUUAGUAUUAUAUAUUAUACUGCUGUGUUAUGUUUGAGAUCUUUAACCGCACCAUGUUUUAGCAGUUUGUUGUGUCUAAAGAUUUAUCAAUUGUAAAACCAU